UUGAUCAACUAGCUAGCCAUAUCAACCUUGCUUCCAUUCAUAGGCUCAGUCCCGCUAACCCCCUCCUUCCAUCGAAAGUGCACUUUACCAGAUAGGACAACGAAGUUGAAGAAGAAUCAACUUUGUCUUUUCUUUUUUUGUGAGUGCAGUUUAUAAGCCAUGGCGAACUAGGAGCCAACCAUCGUUAACUGAAAACAUAUGGCAACCAACAAACAUCCAUCGCUAGGAUAACUAGGUACUUGUGUUCAGAGGUUGAAAUACUGGUGCGGCUUUACAUCGGGCCAGGAUGUCUAACGACCUGGUGGGCGUGUGGGAGGUUGCUCUGAGUGAUGGAGUCCACAGGAUCGAGUUUGAGCAUGGCACAACCACUGGGAAGCGGGUAGUCUGCAUUGAUGGGAAGGAAGUUCUGAGGCGGGACUGGAUGUUCAAACUGGUUGGCAAGGAGACAUUUUAUGUAGGAAACUCAGAGACUAAGGCCACCAUAAAUAUUGAUGCGGUGAGCGGUUUUGCCUACGAGUACACGCUUGAGAUUAAUGGAAAGAGCUUGAAGAAGUACAUGGAGAAUCGCUCAAAGAUGACGAGCACCUGGUUACUCAACCUGGAUGGUACGGACUGCAGGGUUGUCCUGGAGAAAGAUACCAUGGACAUCUGGAGUAAUGGACAAAAGAUGGAAACAGCUGGUGAGUUUGUGGAAGAUGGCACAGAGACACAUUUUACCCUGGCCGACCAUGACUGUUGCAUCAAGGCUGUCAGCAGUGGGAAAAGAAGAGAUGGCAUCAUCCACACGCUUUUAGUGGAUGGCAACGAGGUGGCCGAAUGCACUGACUAAACGGCAUGUGUGACGAGGGAGGGAGGGACAGACAGACAAAUAGACAGACGGACAGAGAGACAGAGAAGUUAUACAGGUUUUGAAUGAAAGUGAAAGAGAGAGAGAAUUGGCUGUUCAUGACAACGAUGAGCCUUACAAGCGACAAGUUUUACAGGUCCAGCAUCUCAAGGUCUCCAGGCACACAAAUACCACAAACAGGAAUAUAGGCUCCACGUAUAUUCUGUGCAGUCCUAAUCACCAGCAUGAAUCACAUUUACACUGGUCUGAUUGUAGGCAGCCUUGUAUGAACAGUCAUCUUAGUUGGUUGUGAAGACAAAGAGUAAGGCAAUAACAGCAGCAACACUUUAGGAAUUUUUUUAGGAAGUGCACUUCGAUGUCACUGUGUUUUUCGUUUUGUUUGAAAACCGUGCUAAGAGACAUUUACACAGCCCGAGGUUUCAGUGUUUACUAGUUAAAACUUCAACAAUGUGCCAGUCUUGUCCUUUCAUCUAUUCAGUUAUACAGUGGUAUUUUAUACACUGGUAGUAUCUUCGAGUAGUGUGAGUAGACUGGAAAUGAGUAAUGAAGUUUUUUUUUUUCUUCACCCUCUCCUGAUGAUGACUUUGUGUCAUAUAAAGUGGCUGACCUUUCUCAUUUUGAGAUGCUGUAACAGUGGAGUACAGCCAUUUUAUAAUGGAGGGAUAUGUGACAUUCCCACUGUACUUCUUGUGUGUUUAGCUGCACACAUGCACACACAAACAUACAGAGCCUCUGAUUCACAGUGCAGCUGCAAAGCCAUAGUCCUUGACAGUGUUAUACCAAAUACUUGGUUUAUCGUCACAUAAACAUGGACCAUGUUGACUGAUUCGUUUUUUUUGGCAGGGUCUCUGAUUAAAACAGUGCUGUUAGCCAACACAAUAUGAAACUAACCUUUCUCGUGCUUGUAAAACAGUUAUCAAGACAUUUGUUUUUUUUCUCUCGAGACUUGUUGGCUCAGCAAUCGAAAACAUUGUGACUUUUGCACGUUGGGAUCACAGUAGGAGUAUUUUAAAUGUGAACAUAGUCAGAGGUAUCAUGUUACUGUGUGAAAAUAAUCUAGAAACAAACCAGCCAACAUAUUUUUAUUUUGUUUGUCAUUUUACUGUGAUUAUCAAACACAUACAUGGUUAUUUUUUGUAAUUUACCCAGAGAUAUUCAUAUAUUGAAGCUGAGGUUGUAUAUUGUGGCCUGGUGGUUAACUACCGGGCAUUGGGUUGUUGGGUAAUGGAGUAGACAUUCCUGUAUUGUCUUAAGGCCCUAAAAUAGAUUUAGUUUAUUUUAUAUCAAAUGAUUGUUAUUUGUAUUAUUAUCUAAUACUUAUUGUUACAAAGAUAUGUGCUACAAUCAGUGUACGACUGUAAAUGUAUUGUAUGAUAAAAUAUUUGAUUUGUUUGUUUUCAGUUUUGUAUCACCCCCUUUCAGAUUCUUUGAUUCUCUUGGGAAAUGAUAAUCAAUCAAAACAAUAUUAAUGAUUAGCUUUAUUACAGGAUUAGUGUACUGAAUUCAGACCCACACAUCAACAGAAAUUGACACCUUUGUCUCUAUAAUAAUACUUUCCAUAACCCUUUGCAAACAAACAAAACUUCAGAGUAAAGGCACUAUUUUCAGCCUCUUGGCAUAAUACUGCUAAACAAAAUGUGCAGUAUAAAAUACAUAAUACAUAUGAUUGUUUAUAUUUAUUAUUAUCCAUUGUUACAAAGAUGUGUGCAACAAUCAGUGUAGAACUGUAAAUGUAUUUUAUAAUAAAAUAUUUGAUUUGUUUGCA